GAAAAGAGAAAUAAAAUAAUGGGCUAAAUUGCAUAUGUUUAAAUCAAUAAUUUAUUGAAGUCUUUUUAUGUGCAUGAUGUAUGAGAAUAUUUUAUAUUUCUAUAUUUUAAUGAUACAAUCUUUAAAACUCUGAUACAUUUCUUAUAUAAAAAUCUUAUAUCGAAUUUUACUUUCAAGGUACAGAUUUCAAAGAUUCAUUAUUUGCUUUCUGCAGUUUCUUAAAUUAUUGGAUAUUAAAUACUUAAAUUAUUGAGUAUUUUGACAAUUACAACUCAAACUUUAAUUUCGGAAUAAUAGAGUAAAGGUGAUACAAUUGAUAUAGAUACAAAUUUUGAAUCGAUAUACAUAUGUAUCUCUCCAUUUCUGUCUUUUUGCGAUUAAACAUUGCAUUAUAUCAGAGUUAAUUUAUUUAUAUCAUCUUUAAUCAGUUUAAUCAUCAGAAGAACUAUUUUUUUAAAUCCUGAUUAAUCUCUCCCUCUCUAAACUAUUAUAUACAUCACGUAUAGUCAUCACAUUGAAAAUGGAGAAGAAGCGUUGGAUGGUCAGCAUGACGUAAAUUCGCCAUUGCAAUCAUUCUGCAACCACUGGAAAAAAAUUGGAACGGCCGAGGCGUGUAUAAUAGAAACGAAGAUAAAUAGAUGGAUAAAUAGAAAUCGGACAUUAACGCAAAUGAAUGCAAAAUGUCCGAAAGCGAAAUAAAGUCGGCUUCGCCGAUACCCACAGUUAUAUGUGCUCAAUGCUGUAGUAAUAGCGGUGGUAGUGGUGGAGGUAGCGGCGGCGGUGGCAGCGGUAGUCUGUCGACCACGCAAUGUCCAGCCUUGCAAGUGACUUCACGAAUGCUGCGUUCACCAAGUCACGAAAGCGUUACUACCGAUUUGUCGCUCUUCAGCGUGUCGUCGAUCGCAAGUGAUCUGCGCAGCGCCAAUAGAUUGGUCACUUUUAAAUCCUACAGUGACGCGCAGCUUGCGGCACGAGGACCCUCUCCGAAACCAGAUUCUCGACAAAUUCAGGGUAACAGACCAGCGGAUAUUCCUGAAAUUCUUUGGUUCGAGGAAGAGAACGAGUUAAUACGUAGUUGUGGGGUUCUAUCAUCAGCAUUGGGAUUGCGUAAGAGCUUCAGCACGAGUGAUGUGUCACAGCUUCCUAGUCCAGACGCGACUGGAGCUGGUGGUCUUCGAACAGCAGUAUCCGCUUUAGCUCUUGAUACUAUCCAGCGCAAUACCCUAUUGCUGGAGCAUGCAAGACUUGAUCACGCUUCGAGAUCUUGUAGCACUUGGGUCGCCGUAGGUGAACCUGUAGCCAGUACGUCUCAGCUUCCUAGCCCACAUGGUGGAGCUACGCAAGAACAACAACAGCAACUAUCGCAACCGCAACAACAAUCUUCCAACACUCACAAUCAAUCGGUACCGCAACUGCCGCCCCAACCACCGGCACCACCACCACCGCCUGUGCCCUUCACAGGAGCGGAUCUGGUCAGAUCCGUUAACAAAAAAGUCCGACAAAAUUAUAUACGACGAAGGUUACUUACCACGUAUCGUGCUUUGGAACGUCUCUCGCAGAGUGAAUUUAACUUAGACCAACUGGAAGCAGCGGCUACCGCGGCGCAGAGUUCUCAUGGAACCACUUUAUUGGUGCCCGGAACAACUGCACGGGUUCCUAGUACUUCUUUGAUUGGACGAAAAGAACGAAAUCAUGCAUUGACAGUCCGGGAUGUUGAAAGAGAACGUGGAAAUCAGUUGUCUAAGUACGAAAGAAACAUGAUGAUCUUCAAUUGGCUUCACACUCUAGACGACAGCGCAGCUGUAGAUAGCGUUGAAUAAAAAAACGGAAAGAGUCACUAUUUCUCACAAGUCUGACUACAUGCGAUCUAUCGUGCCUAAGUCCCUUCUUCGAUAUCAUUUAUCGAAAGGACAUUUCAUUGAUGGACACCAUAUUAUCGCAUCUCGGAGGAUACAGAUCGAGUUAAUUCGUAAGACUUUAGAAUAUAGUUAUAUUGAAUUAUGACAUCAUACAGCGAAAGAUUAUAUAAAAAUUUCUUCUUGCAUCUAUUCUUUGAAAUAAAUUAGUUUCUUUUCGUACACUCUUACAGUUAUAUUUGACAGAAACAGAGUAUGUUGAAGACUUCUCUUUUAUACUUUUUUUCUUUAUUAAUUCCUCUGCCUAACAGAUAUUUCAUUUAUUUAGAUUCGUUAAUACUGAAUAUAUGAACUAUUUAGUCAUUUAUUUGUUUUUAUAUUUCCUUGGCACUUAUAAAUUAUGUUUUAGGCAGUCAAAAAGAAGCAAGGCAAGAAAAGAAUAAAAUGUCGAUUUAUCCUUUGGCAUUUAGCAGAGCUAGUUUAGACAUACAUAUAUCUUUCAUGUGAUGAUUAAUGAAUGGCUGUGUAAUCUUCUAGUCUAUAUGUAUUUUAUGUUUUUUUAAUGAAAAUAAGCUUCUCAUAAUUAAUUAUAAGAUUAAGAUUUACAGCUGCCUAUUAGGGUUCAAGUAUCUUAUUCACUGCAAUCACACAAAUGAAUUAUGAUCAGAGGUGAGAGAAAUCAUAUAAAUUUUAUUCUCUAAUUUAAUAUAUGUUGUGAGGUCGUAUAUAUAGUGAGGAUACAUGAGCUUUAAUUUACGAAUCGAAAAAAGAAUCCAGAAAAUUUCCAAAGCAUAUUAUUUUUAUUUCGCAUACAAAUACUAGCAUCUAAAAAGCUAAUUUAUUCCAACUAUAUAUUAUUGCAAGAAUAAAUUAUUUCUAUAUAAAGUAUUAUAACAUUUAGGGAUGAUUUUAUAUUAUACAAUAUAUGAUUCCAUUUCUGAUGUUAUAACCUAAUAUGACUGCAAGUACGAGUGAGGAACGAUAAUAAAAAUUAAAGGAAUUAAAAUAUAGACAUCCGUCCCUUCUCGUCUAGCGACAUAUUUGUUGCUGUAACGAGUGUGUAUCCAAAGUAUCUUAUAUAAAACAGAAGUUUUAUUGGCUAUAUACAAAAAACUCAAAUGUGCACAUGAAUCUUAUAACGAAUUCGAAUGCUUAACUAUUUUAUACUAGUGCACACUAAAAGCAACUGCAUUUAUACAAAUUUUAUUCAAGUGUAAAAUAUAACAUAUUAAUAUAAGCAUU